AUGUCCGACCCUUUCUCAGUCGCCAGCGGCGCUGUUGGUGUGAUCUCCCUCGGACUUCAGAAUCUUGCGACCAAAGCCGAGCAACUACGCGCGCCUCUUAAGGAUUUACGUGAAUUAAUCGAAGAAACCAGGGAUUCCUCACCUGAAACCGCGAACGAUUCGAAGGAAAAAACGAACAUUCUCCAGUCUUAUGUCGAUAGGCUUAAAGAGGCAGUCGAGCGGGUCAAACCCGCUGCAUCUCAGAGUAUAAGGGGAAAGGCUCGAGCGGGCCUCAAAAAGGCUGUUUAUCCAUUUGAAAAAGAUACUCUUUUCGAAAUUGGAGCUUGCCUUGAUGGGAUGCAAUUCACCAUACAAACAACAUUGAUGAUGUUUAUGACACGCAGAACGGUCAAACUUGUAUCCAGACAAGAAAUAUUUGCUUCGAAACAAGACGUUAUCGUUUCGCAACAAGACACAAUAAUCGCAGGGAUUGAAACAUUGAAGCUUUCGAUCGAGAGUUCCUCGCCACGAGCCAUGCUUCAACAACCCCCAGCUCGAAUAAAAGACUGGCGAGACAAACUAGAUUAUCCCGGCUGGAUGGUGACUGUUCCACGCAAGGCCCAGAAUCGACGGGCGAAGGAAAUCACGAAGCAGUACAGCUAUUACAGCCGCUGGCUGAAUUUUCUGGCCACUGGGUCAUUUUAUCUAUCACUAGGAUCUGGUGUGGUUGCAAUCGCACCGUAUUUACAUUUUCACGCUGUUCACGGGCCUGAAUCAUGGCUAGGGAAGCUUCUUGAUCAGUAUAGUGAGGCACUAAUCUUCAAGCCAAUGACUGAGGGGUUGGAAGAGGCCGAGUUCUCAUCGCUUAUUGAUCAAAUGAUCAAGCAGCUACAAGAAGGCCUCUCGGUGGGGAAGGUUGCAGCUACUGAUUCAGUGUCUCAUAUGUAUUCCCGAGUUCUAGGUGGCAGUCACGGUCAAUUUGGUAACUUUCCUUUGAUACAGGUAAUGAUAACGUGA